AUGAAGUUCGUGAUCGUGUUAGCCCUCGUCGUCGUGGCCACCCUAGGCCCGGUCCGUGCCGCGCCGGCCAACUCGGACGCGCUCCAGGUGGUCGCCGCUGAGCAGGACGCGACCACCACCGACGAGAAGACGGUUGACGUUGAGCUGAGUGACGCCGCGACCGACAACAAACUGUCCGAGGAGCCAGGCGCAAACGGCGAAACCGAAACCAUUUGCGACGAGGAUCAGGAUGCGGCGGCCAGCGAGCCGGACAACACGCAGCAGCGGUACGCCGCCGGCGGCAAGGGAGGGGACGGGUACGGAAGCGGAUCGUACGGCGGUGGCGGCAAGGGAGAUUCCUCGUACGGCGGUGGAUACGGCGGUGCUGAUCACGGCAAGGGUGGAGAGUACGGUGGCCACGGAUCGUCGCACGGAUCGUCUUACGGUGGAUCGUACGGAGGAUCGCACAGCGAGUCUCACAGCUCGAAGGGCGGCUACGAGGGCUCGUACGGUGGAUCACACAGCGAGCAUGGCAGCGCCAAGGGCGGCUACGAGGGAUCGUACGGCGGAGCUCACAGUGAAGGAAAGGGAGGUUACGGAGGUGCUCACGGAGCAGCGAAGGGCGGUUACGAGGCAGCGUACGGUGGUCACGGAGAAUCGCACGGUGCUGGAAAGGGAGGCUACGAGGCGUACGGUGGAGCGUACGGAAGUCACGGAGCGGCUAAGGGAGGUUAUGAGGCAGCGUACGGAGGAGGAUCGCACGGUGCUGGCAAGGGAGGUUACGGAGCAGCGACGUACGGUGGUAGCCAUGGAACAGCAUCGCACGGAGGUUCCUACGGUGGUCACGAAUCGGCAAAGGGAGGUUACGAAGCAGCAUCGUAUGGCGGAUCUUACGGUGGCCAUGGAGCAGCGGCUAAGGGAGGUUACGAAGCAUCGCACGGAUACGGUGCAGAGAAGGGUGGUUAUGGAGCAUCGCACGGUGCGUCCCAUGGAUCGUAUGGUGGAGCGUCUUACGGUGGAUCGCACGGAGGUGCAGGAAAGGGUGGUUACGGAGGUCACGGUGCUGCUGCCCACGGAUCAUAUGGAGGAUCUUACGGUGGAUCGCACGACGCCGGCAAAGGUGGUUACGAAGCAGCUUACGGAGGAUCUCACGGUGGUCAUGGCGCUUCCCAUGGUGCGUACGGUGGAGCGUCGUAUGGUGGAGCUCACGGCGGUGCAGGAAAGGGUGGCUAUGGAGGUCACGGUGCGGCAGCCCAUGGAUCAUACGGAGGAUCUUACGGUGGAGGUCAUGGCGCUGGAAAGGGUGGUUACGAAGCUGCAUACGGAGGAUCCCACGGUGGUCAUGGAGCGUCCCACGGUUCAUACGGCGGUGGUUAUGGAGGAUCUCAUGGUGGUCAUGGAGCGUCCCACGGUGGAUCCUAUGGAGGACACGAGUCGUACGGCCACGGAGUAGCUUCCCAUGGUGGCUAUGGAUCUCAGGGAGGAUCUUACGGCGGCUCGUACGGCGGAGGACACGAAGCUUCUCACGGCGGCGGACACGGUGGAUAUCGUUCAGCUUCUUACUCAUCUGGUGCCGCACAUGGUGUCUCGUACGGUGGUUCCGGAAAGGUUUCCUGCGGAGCCAACCUGCUGGUCGGAUGCGCCCCAUCGGUGGCUAAGGUCCCAUGCGUACCGACCAAGGCCGGAGGCUACGGAGGAUAUGGUGCCGGUGGACACUACCGAUCUGUGCAGGCCGAAGAAAGCGACGACAGCGACAGCCCAGCCCCGUCGAUGUAA